AUGGAAAGUAGAAAAAACAGGACAAAAUGGGUAACAAACAAAACUAAAGAACUGAUAACAAGUAGAGCAGACCUUACAUCUAACCCUGAAAAGACAAAAACUAUAAGAAAAGACAUAGCUAAUUUAAGUAAUAAAAUAAAAUCACACAUGAGAAAAGACCGUCAGAGAUAUAGAUUAGAACAACUGAAAAAAUGCAUACAAAGAACCGGAGGCACCAAAAAAACAGCCAAACUACUAUUGGAAAAACGAGAUUGGAUACCAAAUUUAAUAAAUAAAAAUCAUAAAUGCGAGAAGCGACGCGACGCCCUAAAAUCAUAUCAAUAG